GCGAACUAAACGGACGCCGGAGCACCGACACGGGGGCUGUGUCGCUGCAAAAACUCUCCUGCUUCUCCUGCUGAGCAAACGAAACUUCACUUUCAGUGACACACACGCUUCACCUCGAGUUCUCGUGUGUUCAGCGAAAGUUACGUGGAAUAUAACCUGAAAACUGAAACUUCCCCCCUCGCGUGGACCCCGCAGAGAAAGGUCGAUCCACAACUGUAAGAUGAGACCUGAGCUGGAGGUCCAGAAUGGCUUCACACAUUAAACACCUGGAAUUGUACUUCCUUUGACAAAAUCUCAUACAAAAGCCAAAGAUCUCUGGAAGGAACCCUCCUGAACACCUAUAGAACCCAGUUUGAUUCGUCUGUGGAUUUAAAGUCAGAGACCCUGCCAUCAUGCCUAUUCUCAAGCAGCUGGUGAAUAACUCCAACCAAUCGAAGCGGCGGUCUCGGGCUGACCUGACUGCGGAGAUGAUCAGCGCUCCGUUGGGGGACUUCCGCCACACAAUGCAUGUGGGCAGAGGGGGCGACGCCUUUGGGGACACUUCAUUUCUCAGCACCCGAUCGGGGGAACCUCCCAGGGAGCCGGAAACAAAGCAGGGCUCCCCGGGCCCCAAACCAGGGCUGCUGUCCCGCACCUUCAGAAGCAGCAAGCGCUCUCAGUCAGUAAACCGAGGGGACAAGUAUGACUACAAUAUGAUGGCGCCUUCUGGUGGUUCAUCCAACUUUGUGAAAAACGCCAUAUCCCUACCUUACCUGAACGACGAGGAUACAAACAGAAGCAACCAGCUGCCAAAGAGCGUCUCCUCCAGCCCCAUGAAGAAGCUGACAGAGAUUGAAAGCAAGCCGAUAAACGGAGCAGCAGCGAUGGCAACGCUUGAUGCAGAGUUCGAUGAGCGCAAUUUUGGCGAACUCACAGAUUUGCCUCCAUCCAUGCCUAAGGGAGGAGGGAUGAAGCACGCAGAGUCCAUGAUGUCCUUCCACAUCGACUUGGGGCCCUCCAUGCUCGGGGAUAUCUUGAGCGUGAUGGAAAAGAAAGGCUGGGAGGAAGAUGACCUUGGCUAUGAGGAAGGUAAGAGCAGCGAGGGCCACGCGUCGCCAUCCCUCAUACCCCACAUAGAUGAUGAUGAUGUGGAGGAGCAGGCCCCUGCAAGGCCACCUCGCAGCAUGUACCAGCAGAAGGCCAUGGUGGAUCCCUACACCCCGGAGCUGCACACCAGAAACAACAACCACCACCACCACAACCUGGAUAGCUGCUCUGUGUCCAGCUCCGGCUCGGCCACCGAGGAGAAACCUCAGUACCACCUCAACGAUGCCGACACGGACAGUGCAAAGUACAGUUCACCACGUGGAGAGGAUGACAGAGAUUUCACUUUCAUGGAUGAGGACGAUGAUGAUGAGAUUCGAGUGUAGACAAACCUGUUCUGGCCCAAACGGACACUAAUGGAGAUGAGCAGGUGUUGGGAGGCUGACACAAGCUGGGAAAGGCAGAGGGAGGAUUUAAAGGCAGGGCCACAUCUGCUUUAAGCUUCUUGUAGAUCAAUCUAUCUCUGCACACUUUGUCAACAUCAUAAAAUAAAACCAAUUAAGCCUUAUUCACUGUGCUGUAGCAAGGACGUGAACUGGAGUGCUUGAGUGCAGACAGACUGUUCACAAGGUUGCACUUCUGAAACGUCUGGGUUUGUUGAUUGUUGCAAUUUUUUGCGAUGUCAAACUCUGAACUCAUUAUUAUUAUUAUUGGGAAAUUCUGUUUUCAAAAAAAAAAGAAAAAAAAAAGUAGUGACUGCUGUGUCCGUCAGCGAGCCACUGGUUAUGAGCAUCACACUAAUUUUAAGAAGUAUAGAGGUGACCAUGAGGUUACAAGAGUGUGCUUCCAGCUGUCAAUCACAUGAAUAUCACAUUUGGAGCAUGGUGUGUGGGGCGAGAAGAGGGACGUGCCGGGUCGCAAACUCAACUUGGAUGUUGUAGUACACACUCUGAGGAAGGAAGAGGGAAAGGACAAGAAGUGAAACUCGGAUAGCUUUGUAAUUGCUGCACGUGGGAGUGAUCACAAAGCUUCGUUUGCCAAUAACAAAGUUUUGGCAUAGACACUACAUAGAUAAAGUGGUUAUUACUUUUGUUCACAUAUGACUUAAUGGGGGUGAUUUCUGCCAUUUUUUUUUUUACUAUAUUUUAUGUACAUAUAGUAUCAGGAAGUUGGUCUACAGUAGCCUGUUGUAUUUGAGUUGGGUAGUUUAUCAUUUUGCGACUUUCUCUCUCUUUUUCUUUGGCAACUCUUUAAAUUCACUGACAGCUGUGGUAUUUAUUCAUUGAUUUUAAUAAGGGAUGGGUUAUUCCUAAUGUGCACUGCUAGGUCUUAAAAGUUGAGUUUAUAUCUGAUAAGUUUCAUUUCUCACAAAAACUUAAUGGUACCACAGAAGUAGCCAGCUUGGUUGCACGCUGGCUACAUGGCACUUCAUUUUUGGACUAAAGUAGACAUAACAAAUGUCUAAGCCACAUUACUAUAUGCUAUCUCUGUCAUGCUAAGGCUGUAUUAGUUGAUAAUGACUUAUUUUUUACAAAAUCAAUCGCUGUAAGUGUCUGGGUUGCCGGUAGCAUAAAGAACCUUAGGUUAAGAUUUUCCUUCAAGUCUGAGUUAAGGCUUCCUUAAAAUAAAAACAGUUGUACAAAACACCCUUAAGGUUUCCUUAAAAUGGUCACUUAAGUAUUUAAGGUUUUCUCCUUUUCUUAAUCCUUUACUUAAGGAAUCACUUUAAGUCAGUUAAACCGUUGCACAAAAGAUCUUAGCGACCAGACUUUACCUUAACUGCAACAUGAGCUGAGUUUAUGGCAAUAAAUGAAGAAAAGAGAUUCUGUGCAACACCCUUAAAAUAACUCCCUCAGAUAAGGAGAAAUCAAAUCUUAAAUGCCAUACCUAAGUAGAAAACUUAAGGUGUUUUGUGCAACUAAGCCCUGCUUUUUAAUUUGCAAAAAAAGAAAAAUUGAUUUUGUCAGAAAAGAGGCCUUUUUGUAUGUGUUCUGUGUCCUGUACUGAAACAGGACAGAGGUGGGGAUUAUGGCAAAUUGUGUGUAUGUCUGUUGUCGUCAUUCCACGUCAUUACUGAGGUUGGUAGGAUUAGCAGGUCAGCAGAGAGACAUCAGAAAUGUUUGAAGAUGGAGUCGCUGCAGCAGAAGAAAAAUGGUUAUAUUAUAAUUAAUAGUUACGGCUCUAUCCCGAAAACACAUCCUCCUCUGUGUAGACAUGUGUCCAGGCGUGUGUCUCUUUAAGGGCAGAGACAGGAUGUAACAACAUGUACAAAGUGUUAUUAGAGCGCAGCUACUUAAUAGACGGGCAUCGGAUAUGUCUGGAGGCGAGUGAGAGUGGAAGAUAUUUCCUGAACUGGCCCCACAAGUGAGAACACACUCCUCAACUAAACAACCCAAAUCACACAGUAGGAACAGAUGAUUAAAUCAACCAAUCGUCUGGCCUCUCCCAGGCUACUCAUUAAAUGUUCUGGAGUAUUGGCCCCCAACCAGCUGGAACUUCUCCAAAAGCAGCAAGGUCAGGAACAGACAGGUGGGAUGCUUUUAUGUUGUGUGUGUGUGUGUUUAGUUGGUUUUACAAUGCAGGCUCACUCAGUCUCCAUUAGGUUACUCUCAAGUUCUAAAUUAGGCAAAAAGAGGUGUACUUUCCUCUCUGGUGUCCAUGAUUAAUGUCAGACCUUUUUUUUUUUUUUUUAUUAUGUGUUAGAAAGUUAAUUGCCACAUUUGACAAAUAGGAGCUUUAGAUUUCCUGUUGUGGCACUGAUGCAGAGGUGUGCACAUGGAAUCAGGAUGCCGUGCCAUUCUGCCCUCGGGUUAUUGUGAUAUUUUGGAGCUGUGUCUACAUGAGCAGGUUGCAAGAAGUUCAGAAUCUUUUGGAGGAAAUUGCCAAGUAUGUUUUAACCAUUUUAUUGGGUUAAUGUUAGCAAGAUCUUUCUGGAUUUCUUCUUUUUUUUUUUUUUUUUUUUCUGUGUAGAUAUGCAGUAUGCUUUGAGUCAGAUCGCUUUCACAUUUUGACGUAAAUGGGCCAAAUUUUAAGCUGUCUUUUACUUUUUUUAUUUUCAUUUUUUGAACCAUUAUGAACUAUGUGGUUUGUGGAGUGCUUGGGCAGCUGCAAUCCUUCACUGAGCAAUGGACACUUUAAAAGAGAGGACAAAAACACUCCUUAUCUGCCAUUGUUUUAAUCAACUAAUGUAAAUAUAAUUUGUGCCAUUGAUGAUUACAGCAAACAAUCCUUGUUAUCAGCUGUGUGAAUAUGUGGUACUAGUGUGGGAACCAGAAGAAUGUUAGUGGCUUCAACACUAAACGGCACAUUUGUGGCCAAAUUGUAUUUGCAAGUUUUACGUUUAGUAUCCAGUUUGCCAAAUUGGUGGAGUUAGAAUUUUAAUUUGAAAGAGGUAAAUGGAGAAUUAUGGAAAAGUAUACUGAAUUGCUCUGAUAUACUUUCUUGUAAUUGUCUUAACUCUCUGGCAUUUGUUAUGUUUCGCUGUGGGAAACUGCUAAGUAGGACAGAAUAAACCAUAUAAAGGAAUUUGCAAAUACUUUUCUUGCCCCAGGUCUGCUUAAAAGUUUUCCAUGCGCCGACAGCUGUGGUUUGGUGAGUGGCAAAAAAAGAUAAGGACUGCGAAAAACAACUGGCUCAAAGUUCAGCUGUAGAAUGUUUUCUUUUUUUCUAUUCAGUGGCUGUAGUGUUCUGCAAAGUAUGUACUGUUUUCUUUUCCUACUCCUUAUUCUGGUUUUACAGUAUAUUAAUAUAUUUACCUUUCUCACUUUCCUUUCUUUGAAAUAACAGCUAUAUUUUUCAA